CGCACGGUGGGCGAAGGUUACACGCCCUCUCUGGUUGUGGAUGGAUACAGCCAGCAAUACGUAUCAUUACCUCCUGACGAAGGGGCUCAAGGGUUCCCGGGAGUCAUGGCUAAAGCGCUGUUGGUUUCUCGGACAAGGAUGCGAAAAAAGACAGGACCCGGAGAUUGCUUAGUUUCCCACGUUCCUUUGGACCCCUUCCGUCAGUCAGGUAGCUUCACACAAGCUGUGAACGGCUGGCGGGGUUCCGAGAGUUCGGUCGAGCAGUUAUGUCGGGAUUUGGAGCGUCACUGCCUGUCAGUCUACGAAAGCUCCAGUGCAGCUUCGACCUUAUUGGGAAGUGACAGUGCGCAUUCGCAUAUCGAAACUGUCCAGCAACAGGUCGUGUAA